AUGUUUAACGGCAAGCCUGCGCCCGGCGAUAUCAAUGUACCUGGGUUCAAUACCACGGAAUUCCUCGCAGCCCACGGACCCGAAGCCACUGACCCCAUAAUCGCUUCCACUGUGGCUUAUCUUCGAGAUGAGCUUGGCAUUAAGCGUAUAGGAGCAACCGGCUACUGCUUUGGUGGUCGGUAUUCGUUCCGUGUGGCUGGGAAGAACGGAGGAGCGGAUGCUACGUUUGCCGCUCAUCCGAGCUUGCUUGAGAACGGCGAGAUCGAAGCCGUAGAAGGUCCGGCAAGCAUUGCUGCUGCUGAAAACGACUCGAUGAUGUCACCUGAGCGCAGGGCGGAGAUCGAGGCACUCCUGGCAAAGACCGGAAAGGCAUUUCAGCUGUCUCUCUAUGGCGGUACUUCACAUGGGUUCGGCGUUCGCGCCAAUAUUUCUGACCCUGAACAGAAAUUUGGCAAGGAGAGUGCCUUCUUCCAAGCGGUUCGAUGGUUUGACGCAUGGCUCUGA